AUGAAUACCCUCACCAUUGUCCUCCUUCUCUCUUUGACCGUUGCUAUGGUCCACUCAACCUUCAAUUCGGAGAAAUCAGCAAUGGAGAAGGCCGACAAUCAAGGCAAUUUCUUCGCCGAGAUGUUUAGCGACAUCCAAGGAUCCCCGAACGCUAAGAAGUCUCGUUCCCGCCGUCUCAGUUGUGGAUUCAAACUUCUUCAGAAGAUCGCUGGAUACUGCGGAGAAUUGACCAGCGAGACUGGUGUAGAUAUUGCCUCUAUCUGCUGCCGUUCGGAGUGCUCAGAAGAGUUUAUCAAGAGAAGCGUCUGUCCAGAGAUGCUCUAG